ACACGGCAUAAGAGCCGGACUGGAGCUCACUCCCUCGAUUGCAUCGACCAGGCCCUAAUCGCAUGGCCUGAAUAGGCACAAUGAACGGGCUAUGGUUUCCUCGAAAAUACUUUCACUCACUUUUACUUUGGCUUUUGCUCAUUGUAAUGACCAAAGGCGGCUUGGGUCUGGGUCCGCAGUUGGUUUCCCGUUGGUUGUCAGCCGCGCCGUGGCCACAACACAAACCUCGGACUUGGUUGCCAACAUCAUUAGCUUGGCCAUCAGCCAGCGGUCAGUUCCAAUCGCAACGCCAUUUCGAAAAGACGCGCGAGCUCUCCCAAAACAACCAAAUCCCAGCAUACUUAUCAGCCUUGGUCAUCAACGCGACGGUGCUCUAAUUUUGGAAUACCCUCUACCGAAACGCCUUGGGCAGGUUAUUUUUAUCGCAACCGGACACUUUCGAUUAUUCAAUGAGAAUCAAAAUGCGCUCCUGCGGCCCCAGUUUGAUCAAAUACGUUCUGUUUGCCUUCAAUGUGCUAUUUGCGCUUUCCGGUCUCGGCAUACUGGUGGCCGGUGCCAUCGUCCUGGCCGAUGUCAAUGAAUUCAACCAUUUCGUGGAGGGACGCGUCCUGGCGCCGCCAAUAGUGCUAAUUGUCACCGGGCUGGUCAUCUUCCUCAUUGCCUCGUUGGGCUGCUUUGGCGCCAUCAAGGAGUCGCCCACUCUGCUCCUAACGUACGCCGUGCUGCUGGCCAUCAUCUUCAUCGUGGAGCUGGCCGUGGGCAUUGCGGCGAGCGUGUUCAAGAAGGAUCUGGAGGGCAUGCUGAAGAACUCCUUGCAGGAGUCGAUUAAGCGCUCGAACAGCGAGGACACCAUCGCCUGGGACAACGUCCAGCGCAAGCUGAUGUGCUGCGGCGUGGACACGCCCGCCGACUGGCGCGCCCUCAGCCUGAACAAGACGCUGCCGGCCAGCUGCUGCCAGCCGCAGUUCAUCGAUGCCGCCGUUGGCCAUUGCACGGAGUCGCCGGCCCUUGGCAAGGACAAGUAUUUCCAGGAGGGCUGCGUCGGCAAGCUCAAGGAGCGCAUCGAUAAGAACGCCGUCAUUCUGAUUGGCGUCGGCAUCGGCAUCGCCUUCAUACAGAUCCUGGGCAUAGUCCUCGCCUGCUAUCUGGCCUCGGCCAUACGAUACGCGCGCCAAGCGAACUAAGCAAUCUCCCACCAAGCAUCUAGUUAAUCUCAAACCUAAUAUGGAUCUCAUGUCAGUCCGUUAAAUAUAUACAAACAUGAGCCUAUUUUAUUCCCUAGUCAAUUUAUGCAUUACGACAAGUUUAAUUCCGCUCUGGAGUACUUUUCCGCCCUCUCAUCGAGAUAAACGAGACUCGCUCAAUUCGGUAUCUAGCUAAAACUAUAAAACUAUAGCUAUAAAUAGAACUUGGUUCUAGAUACUAACUAGUAUGACAGUUAUUUUUCUACAUUUCUCGGGAACCGCAGAUAAGAAGGAAAUCAUCGUGAAAUUCUUGAACACAAAAAAUAUUCCUUUGAGCGUUCGUCGUACUUCAAAACGCAACAAUCUAAAAAGUUAAUUGACUUUGAUUAAAUUAUUUCAUUUUCAUUCCUUUUAAUUUUGCAGCUUACCUUUGAGUAAUCGGCUUUACAGUGUCCCUUAACC